CACACAAACAUUUUUUGUCCAAGUGUGCGUUCGACAUUCAUAAUUUUUUGUGGUUGAAGCUGACUGCCCAAAAAAAACCGAAAAUUAACACAAUUUGCCAACGUUAUUUGCGUUCAAAUUGCAACUUAAAUUCAGCAAUAACUUUGCGCCGCUUCGCUUUCGACGAGAAGCAUCCCCAGUUUUCUUCGCCCCCCGACAAAACUAGUUACUUUCCGCAGCUGCAAGAUGUCGAGUCUGCCACGUCGCAUCAUCAAGGAGACGCAGCGCCUGAUGCAGGAGCCGGUGCCCGGGAUCAAUGCCAUUCCCGACGAGAACAACGCCCGAUACUUUCACGUGAUCGUCACCGGUCCGAACGACUCGCCCUUUGAGGGCGGCGUCUUCAAGCUGGAGCUCUUCCUGCCGGAGGACUACCCCAUGUCGGCGCCCAAGGUGCGCUUCAUCACGAAGAUCUACCAUCCGAACAUCGAUCGGCUGGGCCGCAUUUGCCUGGACGUGCUGAAGGACAAGUGGAGUCCGGCGCUGCAGAUCCGCACCAUCUUGCUCUCCAUUCAGGCCCUGCUCAGCGCACCCAAUCCCGAUGAUCCGCUGGCCAACGACGUGGCCGAGUUGUGGAAGGUCAACGAGGCGGAGGCCAUUCGCAAUGCCCGCGAGUGGACCCAGAAAUAUGCCGUCGAAGACUGAGCGCGAUCGCGGAUGAGGAUGAGGACGCCCGACAGGUUGAGGAGGCGAGUGAGGAGGCGGGUGCGGCAGUUGUAUCGGCGAUUUUCCAGAAAGUGGGUGCGCGACUUGGACGGGCGGGUGGGGAAAAUGCAUACUUUAAAAACAACCGGAAAAACCUAAAGCAUACGAAGAAGAAAAACAUAAAGCAUAAAAUAAGAAAGAAAGAAAGAAAAUGAUAAAAAGAACAACUUUUUUUUUCGAACCUUCUGGGGCGGGAUAUACAUAUAAUAUACAUAUAUUUUUUUCAACCAAUCGAUCGGGGCGAUCGGCUAGAGGGGAGGAGAGAUAGCGAAAGCAUUCUUUAUGUAAGUCAUAUACAAUACAUGUAUCCGAAAACGAAAGAAAAAACAAAAAAAAUAUCAAAAAGUAAUUGGUUUUAAUCGUUUCUAUUGAUUUGUUCGAGGGGUCUGGUGUCUAUAUGCAUAUAGCCGUAUAUAUAUUUCUAUGUGUAACUGAAAUAACCAACCCAUAAGCAUUAACCCAUGUAGCAUCAGAUAAUAAAUCAAUUGGAAAGGCAAUUAGAGGGGAUUUUGGUUUCUUUCAAGUGAAAACUCUGUUUUUAAUACGAUCCCAUCCGUUUUCAAUGUUUCACCAACUUUCAGAUGUGAUCUUUGUAUUUUCCUUAACUAGGUUAGUUCACCAUUUCGAUUGAUACUUGAGCUUUGCCUGGGUUGUGUCAGAGUCCCUUUGAUAAACGAUAAAUGGUUUUAAUCGAAAACAAUUUUUUUUUAACCAAACAAAGAAGCCUUUAAGCUAUUAGUAAUUUUUGAAAAAAAUA